CCCUGCGCAUGCGCGUGUUGUCUCCCUGUCAUCCUGCCGGAGGUGGAAGCGAAGGAAAGAGCCAUGGAUAGCAGUGAGGAUGCAGCUCAAAGGCCUUUGACUCUGGAUAUAGCAGGAGUAGGGAAUGAAGAGCCCGAGGCCCAUGCCCCUUUAGAAGCUGCCGCCAUCAGCAGCCAGCCCAACACUACAGACGUUUUGUUCCCAGAGGAGAGCAUUGACCUGGAUGCAGACGCCUUCAUUUCCCCCCAGGAUGACAGCGCUGCAUCAGGGAGCAUGAUGGACAAGCUCAAUGAUCAAAUGAUGGAGAGUGUCAUGAUAUCUGACUCCCCUAACAGUGAAGAGGAUGAUGUCCCUAUCGACUCCCUUUUGGAGCAAGGAGAAGACAAGGAAUCCCUUGAUUCCAAAGAACCUGAAGAGGAAAAAGAGGAGGAGGAGGUGAAAGAGGAGAAGACAGAGGCUGUAACUGAACAGGGUACACCUGAUGCUAGUGUGGAACCUGUGGAGUCUUCUACAUCUUUAGUAGAAAAAGAAGAAGCAGAGGAGAAAGAAAAGGACCUCACAAAGGACAUGGUCACAGACACCCAGGCUGCUGCUGGCACCCCCACCCCUGAUAGCCCUAAAGGCCAGGAGGUGAAAGUUGAGGUGGCCAAGGCUACUGCUAAAGAGGAACCUAUCCCAGUGUGCACUAUUUUCUCCCAAGGCAUGCAGCCCAAAACUCUAGUACCUGAUGGCUUCCAGCCCACUCUUGUCAAAUCACCAAGUUUUAGUAGUGGCACUAAUGAAACCCCCAGUAAACUAGCCCCUCUGGUGUGUCAGCCUAGCCCCAGCCUCAGCAAGUUCUUCACUGACAAUGGCACGGUCAACCCAGCCUCAGACUUCUUUGACUCUUUCACCACAUCCUCUUCUUUCAUUUCGGUCAGCAACCCUAAUGCAGAGUCACCGAAGGCUGUUACACCUGCUGAGCGUCAGCUUUCCUCUGGCUCAAGUGCUGUUCCAUCUGCUGAGCAUCAGGAUGGCGGGACCCCUAGUGCUUUCUUCAGCAUCGGUCCUCAGGACAGCACCCCAAAGCCCAUGGCUGGCCCAGCAGAACCUGCAGCAACCAUGACUACGCUCCAAGCGGUCUUCUCAGGCAGCGAUGACCCGUUCGCCAGUGCUCUGAGUUUGAGCGAGGUAGACAAGCGCUACGAUGCCUGGCUGCCCUCCGAGGAGACGAGGAGAGUGCUCAUCUCUGUGGCUACUCAGCAGGUCAACCCUGUGUAUGUGGAGAGAGACCGCUUGUCCAUGCCUGGACUCAAGUUUGACAAUUUGCAGGGUGAUGCAGUGAAGGACCUGAUGUUGCGUUUCCUUGGAGACCAGGCAGCAAUGAAGCGGCAGGUUCUUACAGCCAACUCUGUGGAGCAGAACUUCCUGGGUCUAAAUCAGCUAAUUAGCACCAAGAACUGGAGGGCAGCGGUGGACCUGACGGGCAGACUGCUGACCGCUCACGGCCAGGGCUACGGCAAGAGCGGCCAACCCACCAGCCACACCACAGACUCCCUGCAGUUGUGGUUUGUGCGUCUGGCUCUGCUGGUUAAGCUGAACCUGUUUCAGAAUGCUGACCUGGAGUUUGAGCCUUUUGGGAAUCUGGACCAGCCUGAUCUGUACUAUGAGUACUACCCUACAGUGUACCCCGGAAGACGAGGCUCGAUGGUGCCGUUCUCCAUGCGCGUGCUGCACGCUGAGCUGCCUCAGUACUUAAGCAAGCCCCAGGAGUCUUUGGACCGCCUGCACAGCAUGAGGAGCAUCUGUCAGAAAAUCCUGGCCAACCUGGAGGAGGGCCUGGCCGAGGACGGCAGCAUGAUGACCCUCACUCAGGAGAACAGACAAGCCUCUAUUCAGCUGUGGAGGUCACGUCUGUGCCGGGUGAUGUACUCCAUGGCAAACUGUCUGCUAAUGAUGAAGGACUACAUUCUGGCAGUUGAGACGUAUCACUCCAUCAUCCAAUAUGAGCCACAGCAGAGAGUGCAGCUGCUGAGUGGAAUAGGACGCAUUUUCCUGCAGAUUGGAGACAUCAGAACUGCAGAGAAGUAUUUUCAAGAAGUGGAGAAAACUUGUGAAGAAAAGGGAACGGGCCCAGCACAGGACACGUCUGUUUUAAUGAAUAAGGCGUUUGUUUACCUCAGCCAGAAUAAUUAUGCAGAAGCCCACACGUGUUUCUCCGGCAUCUUGAAAAUUGAUCCCAAGAAUCCAGUGGCAAACAACAAUGCAGCUGUAUGUUUACUUUACCUGGGCCGUCUGAAGGAGUCUCUGGGUCAGCUAGAGAGCCUCGUGCAGCAGGACCCAGCACUCUAUCUACAUGAGAGCGUGCUCUUCAACCUGACCACCAUGUACGAGCUGGAGUCCUCCCGCAGCACGCAGAAGAAGCAGGCUCUGCUGGAGGCCGUGGCCUGUCGAGAAGGGGACAGCUUCAACACGCAAUGUCUCAAACUGGUCUAACGAGCCAGGCAUUGGAUUCCACAGCCAACAGGGAGGGCAUUAUUAGCUCCACAUCUGAUCCUGGCUGUUUGGUCAUGGGCCAAGAACCAGCUCCAAGAUGUCACAAUACUGCUUUAAUAAGACCAAGCUAAAAAUGCCACUGAUUCACUGUUAUGUGCAGUUUUUACAAGACGUGGAAUGUUAUUGUGUGUGACUAAAACCAAAGCUGACCUGUUGAAACAUGGAAAGCUGUGUGAAGUAAGCUUUUAAACCAGUGUUUCCCUCUUUCCAAGCCCAGGGAGAAUGUAAGUAGAUGUAAAAUCCAAAAAAGAAAUGUAAAUAUUUUAACAAGUCUCGCAAGUAAAUAAGCAACCUAAAUGAGAGAUAGCAUUACAGCAAUAACAAUCUGGGCUGAGUUUUUUAAAAGCAUUAUAGCAUUAAAAAAUCAAACUGACAAAGUUUUCCCCUCAACCCAAAUGUAGUCAGUUAACCAAGAUGUGGUUGGUGUCUCAAGUUUGCUUCUUUAGUGUUGCAGUGGAGCUAACCGGCUAAUAGAAGAAGUCUGUCACCAUAGCUAUUACAUUUUAUCUGUAUUAGCCUCGCAGCUCCAGGGCAGAACUAAAGAAGCAAACCUUAGAUACUGACUGACUACGUUUGUGGUGAGGGGGAAUAUUCUGUAAAUGAUAUGAUUUUUAUGUGAGUUAUUGAUUUUAGAUAACAUUUACUAUUAGAGUAUGCAAAGCAAUACUCUGAUAGUAUCUUUGUGCUCCAGUGCUUCUGAGAAACUCCCUCCUGGCUGUUUGCCUUUUAUUUUCAUAGCAUUUUUACAAAAGCGACCAGAAAUUGUAACCAAUGUAUUAUGAUGUUCUAUUAUUUUAAUGUAACUUUAACAUGUAAUUGUGAAUGUGGUUUUGUGCAUGUAUUGCUGCUUGUGUGGUGCGUUAAUCAACUGUACUGUACAUUUUUGGAUACUAGAAAAGGAAAUCUAAAUAAACUUCAGCUGAUUUCAA